GUAAAUUCUGUUUGAGGAAUUCGUUUGUUUGAUUUUUUUUCCGGAGCCAAAGUUGUCCUCCGUUUUUUGGAAACCCCUAAAACAGACACUCUCUCUCUCUCUCCUUCGUUCCUUUCGUGCGGUUUCAAUGCUCAAAGAUGGUUCAACAAAUGAUUGAUUCUAAGUUCAGUGAGUAUGGGCUGACAAAUACUGAACCUGGCUUGCCCAAUCAUGAUAAGCAAUUGUCAGUUCCAGUGGUUGCAAAGAAGAUAGCACUGAGGGAUUUGCAGAACGAGAAUACAAUUCUUGUGCCGCCAAAAUCUGCAGUAAUCACGCUGUUUCCAAAGGAGAGUGGACCCACUAGUGAUGCUGGUAAGAUAUCUGGCACCAAGAGACCCACACCAGAGUGCCUGAUGAACCCUUCCCAUCAGAAAUGUCCAACCAAUAAUACUAGCAAUGGGCAUCUUGUGUAUGUUCGUAGAAAAGCUGAAGCAGAAUUAGGAAAAAGCAGUGCCUCUGACAUUACACGCAGUAAUGUUGAUUAUUCACAAUUAAGAAAACUUGGUGACCAGGACAAGGCAACUGAACAAAAAUUGGGGAUGACAGAUUCUAAGAUGUGUGUCCCAGAAGUUGCACCUCUUCCUAGGGCUUCUCCGGUGUGCUUCUCGUCCUUAAAACCUUCAAUUCCUCUCUCUCUUGGAAAGUCUGAUAAUAUGUUGACACCGGCAGAUUCCAAAUAUCUCCAUGUUAGUUGUGCCAAAUCUUCAACAGGUAAUCUCAAGAGAAUAGAUAUUCAGCAUUUGGAAGAGCGAUAUUGCCAACUGCAGAAUUUAUUGAAAAAUUUGGACCAAUCAAAUCUGGACGGCUAUAUCCAGAUGCUUCGAUCACUUUCCUCAGUUGAACUUAGCAAACAUGCUGUUGAACUGGAAAAGAGAUCGAUUCAGCUUUCAUUGGAGGAAGCAAAAGAGAUGCAACGAGUUCAAAUCUUGGAUGUCUUGGGGAAAUAUCCUAAGAAUUCUAGAGGACUCUCAACCCAACAAGACCAGUCAGAGAAGUGAGAGGAAACAUUGGACUGAAGAUGGUGGACUUGUUUCUUUUAUACUACUCAAUCGAUCCAUCUUUAUACUCGUAUUGAUCAUUGUAUAAUUCUGGUUAUCCUUCUCCUGAUUCUCAUCUCCCAUUGUGAAACCUAUUGUCUUCCUUGCUUGCGCUAUAUAAUUUUCUUGUUAAGCCAUUGAAAUGUUAAUGCUAUGAUUGAAAGAAAUUGUGUUAGCAAGGCGUCAUGUAUAAAUAGUAAGUGGGUUUGGAAAAUCGAGUGCAU